AUGACGAGUCGACUGAGCUUCGCGGGCUCAGAGUUCUCCGAGGAGGAGCUGGAGAUGAACCUGCUCGGGCCCGAGGAAGACGAGAGCAGCGACGGCGGCUCCAAGGGUCCGUUUCCCGACAGCGAGAGCUGCGGCAGCACCCACAGCGAGCCCGACGAGGGCCGGGCGCCCAAGAAACGCGCCCGGCCGGCGCGGUCCAAAGCCCGCCGCGUGGCCGCCAACGUGCGGGAGAGAAAACGCAUUCUGGACUACAACCAGGCCUUCAACGCCCUCCGCGUGGCGCUGAACCACGACCUGAGCGGUAAACGCCUCUCGAAGAUUGCCACCCUGCAGCGGGCCAUCAACCGUAUCUCUGCCCUCUCUGUCUUCCUGAGCACCAACCCUGCACCCGCGCCGGGGAAACCCUGUAACCACCUGGAGUGCCACGAGCAGCCGCCCGGGCUGAGGAUCGAGCCUGGGAGAAUGCCAGUGGGCAGCAUGCUUGUCGAGCCUCAGAGCUACCUUUUAGCAUGGCACCAGCAUGGCAUCAGUACCCUGGUCCAGAGCCCCGUGAGCAUGCACAAACCACCCUUGGAGCAACACGUGUAUAUGGACAGCUUGGGACACAUGAGUGCAGCAUGCCCUCCCUCCCCACACUACGCGUGUUAUCCGUCCCCCGAAAACCAGCUGUACCCCUCAGCCGGACACUGCGGGAGCCCCCUGAAUGAGGCGGGCAGCCCGUCGCGGUACGGGAGACUGGGAGAGGGAGUGGGUUUCCAGGCAGGUCUGUGGGGAUCCUGUGCCCAGAGUCAGGUGGAGGGUUAUGGAGAGCCAACACAAGCGCUGCCCUUCUCCUGGAGCUACCUCCAGGAACCAGUAACACAGCACUGCUAUUCAAUGCUUUAA